AUGGAAUAUGUAGGAGAAGUGUUGCGCCGAGCCGUCGCAGAGGAUCGAAUUCGUACCCGCUGCGAGUCCCGAAACUACAUGCUGGAGGUUCGAGAAAACUAUGCAAACAUGGUUCUUCACACCUAUAUCGAUGCAACUCAUUUCGGAAAUGAAUCGAGAUUCGUAAAUCAUUCCUGUGAUCCCAAUUGUGCAGUUCACAUCAUACGUACUUCAACACUGUUCCCUCAUGUUGUUCUUGUUGCCCUACGUGAUAUUCAAGAAGGAGAAGAAAUCUGCUUUCAUUAUGGUGGCAGCAACGCUGUUUCGUCGUGUAAAUGCCACUGCAACGCACCAAAUUGUCAGGGCUAUGUUCCAUUUUCCCUAUCCAUUGUUUGA